AGAGAGAAACUUUGCAUCCCGGUUUAAUAAUAACGGAACAAUUGGGAUUUCAGUGAAACCCUAGCUGAGGGUUUAGGCGCGCACACAGAGAGAGAUGGCAGAGAGGGACGAUUACAAGUUUCUUCAAAUAAAAGACGCAAUCGCUUCCAUCAACCAGAAAGUUAAUCUCAUCGGAGCAAUUCUCGAGUACGGUUUACCCAAGAAAACCAGAGGCACUGAUUGGUUGUGUACGCUGAAAAUAAUCGAUGAAUCAUAUCCCAAACCUGGGAUAUCAGUUAAUAUUUUCGCCUCAAGUAUGGAAAAUCUUCCUCGUAUUUCUUCACUUGGAGAUAUAAUUCAGCUCACUCGUGUCGUGAUGAAGACUCAUCAUGGGGAAGUAAAUGCUGUUUUCAACAAAGCAUUCUCUUCUUUUGCUUUAUAUGAAGGGAAAAAUGGUGAAGGCUUUGUUCCUUAUCAAUGUUCUUCAAGAUAUCACCCUAGAGACCGGGACUCAAAGUUUGUAUUAGGCUUGAGAAAAUGGUUAGCUGACUUUCACCUUGAUGAAGGUCCAAAUAGCUUCUCGUUCCUGAGAGAGAUGAAGGAAGGGGAACAAGCUAAUUUGCUUUGUGAGGUGCUUCAUGUAUGUGAGGUUUCUGAGCAUGAGUGGAUGGCCUUUGUUUGGGAUGGAACUGAUUCUCCACCACUCAACAUUGGGACAAGGCUAGAAAAUGAAAUGGAUAGUCCGCUUCCCUUACAAUUGGAACCCAUACCUUUGCCAAGAGAUUUGUUAUGUACGUUUCCAACUGCUGGAACAAUAUUAAGGGUAAUCAUUGCCAAAGGCAACGAGAAGCAUAUUCUCCACUUAUUGAGUGCCGGUAAAUGGGUGAGAUUUCUCAACAUUCUUUGUGAAGUGCAUGAAGGAUUAUGGCGUGGUGUGUUGACGCCCUUCACAAAGAUUUGUUACGUGUCAAAUGACAACCAUCUCAUUUUAGGGUGCCAGAGGUCUUACAAUGAGCGCUUGUCAUUGGAAUUGGGGCGCAUUCCAUACUGGUGCUUUCCUUGGUGUUCACAGCUUACAGAGGUUGAUUAUGACCAUGUGCCUUUUGUUACAUUAAUGGAUGUUCUCACCUGUUCACAGGUGACAGCUAAAUUCAAGUGUAUAGUUCGGGUAGUGGCUGCAUUACCAUGGCGUGUUGAGGAUUUCUGCUCUCAUAGUGGAACCUACAGGAUUAGACUGACCAUGGAGGAUCCAACUGCUAGAAUCCAUGCCUUUCUGUUUGAUGAAGAUGGGGAGAAGUUUUUUGAUGGGUAUCCCUCCAUUGAUGUAUUAACAAGGAAGCGAAACAAAUUGCUUGGUGUGCCCGUAAAUGAUGAUGGCAAAGAAAUUGAGGAUGCUGCAAGAAAACCACCUUGGGUGCAGUGUUGCAUAAAAUCCUAUUACCUUGACAGAAAUAACACUUGGGGAAGUAGGAAUUACAGAAUUUUUGGCACCAAGCUUGUAGAUUAAUGAGUUGGAUGACCUCUGUUAGAUAUGCUGUAAUAAUCUAACGCAGUCCUUGUAUAUUUUAUUUUGAGUCUUUCAGUUAAGGGCGAGAGAGAGUAAAUAACUAGAGAACCAACAUGAACCCAUCUUAUAAGAUAAUUAAUGAUUUUCUAGUUA